AUGUCCAAUCUGAGGAUAUUUGCAGUGAAUCAUAAGAAAAUAUCCAGCUUGCACAUUAACAAUAUGUGUUCCUCAGAAAUAAGAGCAAGUCUAAAAAGAUUAGGGCUACAUGUGCUUCUUGGAAGAAAUUACAGUUCCCUACCAGGUUUAAUAGGAAAUGAUAUCAAGUCCCUUCAUUCCAUCAUCAGUCCUCCUGUUGCUAAAAUCCGUAAUAUUGGAAUUAUGGCUCAUAUUGAUGCGGGAAAAACUACCACCACAGAAAGAAUAUUGUAUUAUUCUGGAUACACAAGAUCACUGGGAGAUGUUGAUGACGGAGACACGGUGACAGAUUUCAUGGCUCAAGAGCGAGAACGAGGCAUAACUAUUCAGUCAGCUGCUGUUACAUUCGAUUGGAAGGGGUAUAGAAUCAAUCUAAUUGAUACACCAGGUCAUGUGGACUUUACCUUGGAAGUUGAGCGCUGCCUAAGAGUGUUAGAUGGUGCAGUGGCUGUGUUUGAUGCCUCUGCUGGUGUAGAGGCACAAACUCUUACAGUAUGGAGGCAAGCUGAUAAACACAAGAUACCCCGAAUCUGUUUUUUAAACAAGAUGGACAAAAUUGGAGCAAGUUUUAACUAUGCAGUUGAAAGCAUCAGAGAGAAGUUGAAGGCAAAGCCUUUGCUUUUACAGUUACCAAUUGGUGAAGGCAAAACUUUCAAAGGAGUGGUGGAUGUAGUAAGUAAAGAAAAACUUCUUUGGAAUCCCAAUUCAGAUGAUGGAAAAGACUUUGAGAGAAAACCCCUCUUGGAAAUGAGUGAUCCUGAAUUGCUGAAGGAGAUAACGGAAGCAAGGAAUGCCUUAAUUGAACAAGUUGCAGAUUUGGAUGAUGAAUUUGCUGACUUGGUUUUAGGAGAAUUUAGUGAGAAUUUUGAUUUGCUACCGGCUGAAAAGCUACAAACUGCAGUACACAGAGUAACACUGGCUCAGACAGCAGUGCCUGUGCUUUGUGGAAGUGCCCUGAAAAACAAAGGGGUCCAGCCCUUGUUAGAUGCUAUUACUAUGUACUUGCCUUCACCUGAAGAACGCAACUAUGAAUUUCUGCAGUGGUAUAAGGGUGACUUAUGUGCCCUGGCAUUUAAAGUUCUCCAUGACAAGCAGCGAGGCCCACUGGUAUUUUUGCGCAUUUACUCAGGCAUGAUAAAACGCCAAUUGGCCAUCCAUAAUAUUAAUGGAAACUGCACGGAGAGAAUAAGUCAUCUGCUUUUGCCAUUUGCUGACCAGCAUGUAGAAAUCCCUUCACUGACUGCUGGUAACAUUGCUUUGACUGUUGGGCUUAAACACACUGCCACUGGUGACACCAUUGUCUCAUCCAAGUCCAGUGCUUUAGCUGCAUGUCGUCGAGUGGAAAGGGAGGGAGAAAAGAAGCAUAGACAAAACAAUGAAGCAGAGAGGCUUUUGUUGGCUGGGGUGGAGAUUCCAGAACCUGUUUUCUUCUGUACCAUAGAACCUCCAUCAGUGGCUAAGCAGCCAGAUUUGGAUCAUGCAUUGAAAUGCCUUCAGCGUGAAGAUCCUAGUUUGAAAGUGAAGCUAGAUCCUGACUCUGGACAAACUAUCCUUUGUGGCAUGGGGGAGUUACAUAUUGAGAUAAUUCAUGACCGAAUCAAGAGGGAAUAUGGACUGGAAACCUAUCUAGGGCCCCUCCAGGUGGCAUACCGAGAGACCAUCCUAAAUUCAGUUCGUGCCACAGAUACCUUAGAUAGAACUUUAGGAGACAGACGGCAUCUUGUGACUGUAGAACUGGAAGCAAAAUCACUGGAAACAUCAUCUCUUCUGCCAGUCAUUGAGUAUGCAGCAAGUGUUGCCGAAGACCUUCCUCAGGCCUCACGAGAGGCCAUUGAAAAUGGCCUUCACAAUGCGUGCCUCCAAGGACCAUUGCUUGGAUCCCCAAUUCAAGAUGUAGCAAUUACUUUACAUUCAUUGGUAAUUCAUCCCGGUACCUCCACAGCUAUGAUUUCUGCCUGUGUCUCAAGAUGCCUACAAAAGGCUCUGAAGAAAGCUGAUAAGCAAAUUUUGGAGCCCCUGAUGAAUCUUGAGGUUACAGUGACUAGAGAUUACCUCAGUCCUGUCCUAGCAGAUCUAGCACAAAGAAGAGGGAACAUUCAGGAAAUCCAGACUCGUCAGGAUAACAAAGUUGUUAUUGGAUUUGUUCCCUUAGCAGAAAUUAUGGGUUAUUCAACUGUGCUUCGAACGUUAACAUCAGGCUCAGCUACCUUUGCCUUAGAGCUGUCUAAUUAUCAAGCCAUGAAUCCUCAAGACCAAAGUACACUGCUGAGCCAGAGAAGUGGCUUGUCCUGA